AUGGGCUGGGACGAAAUAUGCGUGAUCUGUGGUCUGACUCCGGCCAUUGUCGAUGCUUUCGAGCAGACUCUCAUCCUUGAUUAUGCAGAACGAACGCAAGUCUACGAUAAUGACUUGCGCUUCUUCCGACCCAAUGACAACGAUGAGAAAGCAUCGUGGAGCUUCGUCGACAGCGGUGCCUGUCAAGAAUUCCACAUGGACCUUGCCGCCAUCGGUCGAUAUCCAGGGAUAGAAGAAAAUGGCGCGGAAGUAUUCGAGGAGAUAGAUCUCGACACCAGCCUAUCCAGCGACAAUUCUAGUGCGGAGAAUGUGUGUCUGAUCGGUGGACUGGCAUAUCAUCAGGCCUUUGACGACCGUUACGUCAUAAGAAAGUCAGGCAAGUCGGUGUACAGAGUGCCCGGCGGCGCGAAAAGGACCGUUGACCUCGAUGAGGUUCAGACAGACUGGGCUCGACUAGGAUCGCAUUCUUUCGAGGUGUCUGCCUGUGUAGGAGGCUUUCUCGUUCAUUCCCGCUGCUGGGAACUAUUACAAGGUGUUGAGAUAGCCUACUCUCAGAAGACUGGUCACGUAGGGCGCAUGACACCUAGAGCAUUCUGGUUGGUGGGGACCAAGGCGAUCGCAUGUCAAGCGCAAUUGCGUGGAAAGCGAGCAACAUGUCGGUCAUUCAAAUGGCUUGAUCAUAUCGAAGUAGAGCACUUGCACGAACAGUGGGCCAGACCACUGGGAGCAUUGCACGAAAGACGGGACAAUUUCAAAGAGAGACUGUCUGCCGCCGUGAAGCGCUCUAUCGCUGGGCAAGGCGUCGACCUCGUCAUUCGAGACGAGAUUCGAGACAUCUCCGAGGCUUGGGCUUGGCAGCCUCCUGACAGGGUCCAGCUCCUAGAGUAUCCUCUUGGCGCAUUUACUUCUUUUCGUCGUGGUCAAGAGGUUCGAACCGGAUCGUUAUUCGAUGAUUUGCCCAUAGAAAUAAUUCAACGUAUCGUCGAUCGUAUCGACGUGCGUAGCGCUCUUCAUUUCGCAACGACGUGCAAGACGAUCAGAGAAGCUGUGGCUUCGAGGAUUGACGAGGUUGCACGUCGAGAAAUGGAACAAUUGCAUCCUUGGAUGCUUCCGUUCACACCGCGUGAGCUGCGAUACUGGGAAUCUCGACAAAUUGCUCGCACCGAGACAAACGACGAGCAGGAUCAAUAUGGCUAUCUCAUAUGAAAGCUUGCCUGCAGUCGCCGACAUGCUCGAUCAGGAACAGAAGAAGAAUAUGGAGAUCUGCCACUUCCAUUUUUCACGAGGCGAAGGAGCGCGGAUUGCUCGAGAAAGCCUAAUCGGAAACAUCCGCAUGACCCAGCUUAUACUAUCGCAGAAUUUUGUACAAUCUAAGGCCUGCUAGAUUUCUAAUGACGAACGGGUAGCAGAUUCGAUCGUCGUCGACUUGAGCAGGCAUGU